GGCCUUGCGUUCGCCUGAGCAAGGGAGUAGACAGCACAGCGGCAGCGGAGGGAGUCUAUGCGAGCUGGACAGCAGUGGGAGGUGUGUGAGGCUCGCACUGGCCGCAGACCCUCGGGCUCGAUCGCCUGGGAGCAAGGACUUGGCGACGCGAGGCUGCCGGGCUACCCGGCUGAGGCUUCGGGGGCUCAAACUAAUGGGAUUGGCUCGCUCGGCAGCAUCUCCCCGCUCUUCUAAGUACACUGAGCAGGGCCCGCGCUGAAGUAGAAGCUGUCCGGGGGCGCGUAGCCCGGAGUCCCAGUGUGGCCCGGAGGAACGGAGCCCGUGCCAGGGCGGCCCAGUCGGGAGCCCGGGGACCGAGCUUGUGUUGUGGGGAAACCCCCACUUCUUCCAAGGGACAGCGAUCCCGGGACGGUCGAGGCGUCGGGGCGGUCACCGAGACCUCUGCGGGAAGACCCCGUCGGGGAGAGGGCGCGCAGCCCCGAACCGUCUCGGGGAGUCGAGCGGAAUCGGGCGGGAUCACUCGGGGGCGCAGAGCCCCCGUCGCGCCUCGUGCGGCAGCGGAGAGCCCAGGAGAACGAGUCCUCGGGGGCCGAAGCCCAUGCCCGGGUUGGGGGCGGCUGCCCAGUGAGUCCUCCUGGCCGGCCGGGCGGAGAAGAGCAACAGCGAAGCCGGCGGGAGGGGAGCACUUCAAGGCCGGCGGCUGCGGAGGAUGGGCGCCUGAGCGGCUCCGAGCGCAGCGCGGCAGAGGAAGGCGAGGCGAGCUUUGCUGAGGAGGCGCCAAGGGAUCCCGAAGUGCAGUCUGCCCCCGGGAAGAUGGCUCGGCCUGGGCAGCGUUGGCUCGGCAAGUGGCUUGUGGCGAUGGUCGUGUGGGCGCUGUGCCGGCUCGCCACACCGCUGGCCAAGAACCUGGAGCCCGUAUCCUGGAGCUCCCUCAACCCCAAGUUCCUGAGUGGGAAGGGCUUGGUGAUCUAUCCGAAAAUUGGAGACAAGCUGGACAUCAUCUGCCCCCGAGCAGAAGCAGGGCGGCCCUAUGAGUACUACAAGCUGUACCUGGUGCGGCCUGAGCAGGCAGCUGCCUGUAGCACGGUGCUCGACCCCAACGUGUUGGUCACCUGCAAUAGGCCAGAGCAGGAAAUACGCUUUACCAUCAAGUUCCAGGAGUUCAGCCCCAACUACAUGGGCCUGGAGUUCAAGAAGCACCAUGAUUACUACAUUACCUCAACAUCCAAUGGAAGCCUGGAGGGGCUGGAAAACCGGGAGGGGGGUGUGUGCCGCACACGCACCAUGAAGAUCGUCAUGAAGGUUGGGCAAGAUCCCAAUGCUGUGACGCCUGAGCAGCUGACUACCAGCAGGCCCAGUAAGGAGGCAGACAACACUGUCAAGAUGGCCACACAGGCCCCUGGUAGUCGGGGCUCCCUGGGUGACUCUGAUGGCAAGCAUGAGACUGUGAACCAGGAAGAGAAGAGUGGCCCAGGUGCAAGUGGGGGCAGCAGCGGGGACCCUGAUGGCUUCUUCAACUCCAAGGUGGCAUUGUUUGCGGCUGUCGGUGCCGGUUGCGUCAUCUUCCUGCUCAUCAUCAUCUUCCUGACAGUCCUACUACUGAAGCUCCGCAAGCGGCACCGCAAGCACACACAGCAGCGGGCGGCUGCCCUCUCGCUCAGUACCCUGGCCAGUCCCAAGGGGGGCAGUGGCACAGCGGGCACCGAGCCCAGCGACAUCAUCAUCCCCUUACGGACUACAGAGAACAACUACUGCCCCCACUAUGAGAAGGUGAGUGGGGACUACGGGCACCCUGUCUACAUCGUCCAGGAGAUGCCGCCCCAGAGCCCGGCGAACAUCUACUACAAGGUCUGAGUGCCCGGCACGGCCUCAGGCCCCCAAGGGACAGUCGGCCUGGACCGGACCUCUCCUUUCGCCCCCACACCCCCUCCCCUCGCCAGCUGUGCCCACCUUUGUAUUUAGUUUUGUAGUUUAUUGGCUUUUAUAAUCCCCCUUUUUCCCUGCCCCCUGGGCUUCGGAGGGGGGUGCUUGUGCCCCUAACCCCAUGCUCUUGUGCCUUCCCCCUCUGGCCAGGCCUCUGGGCUCCGUGGGGGCGCCCCUUCUUGGAGGGCAGGGCUGGAUGCUGAUGGACAGCAGGCAGGGAGACAGUCCCCUGGCCCUGCCCCUCCCUCGCCCCCCUUGCCACCUUCCCAGGACUGCUUGUCCGCUAUCAUCACUGUUUUUAAUGCGUUUGUGUUCAUUUUUUAGCUGUCAACUCAUUUUCAUCUGUUUUUUGAAGAAAAAUGGAAAAAUGGAAAAGGCAGCCCCUCCCCAGGCUUUGUGAGCCUGGCCCAAGCCAGUAUAAGAGGGCCUGGGGCACGAUGUGGUCAGCCAGGAAGCAUAGGAUGCCAUUUCUUUUAUAGACUCCUUGGUAUUUCUGGUGGGGUAAGGGGCAGGCCAGGGCUGUUCCCGCCCAUGAGGGAAGAGGAAAGUGCCACUGGGCAAGGUGUCCCACCCUCCCCUCCUGACCCUCCUUCUACGAGGCUUAUCCUGGCAAUGGGGUAGUCACUGCCACCCUUCCACAAAAAAAAAAAAAAAAAAAAAAAAAUCCCCUCCUUGUGGGAUUCUUGGGCAUCUCCUGCCUCCCUCACUCUCACGGUAAUUAAUGUCUUAAUUGGCUGUUGCCUGGGGAACAGGAGAGCUGCUGCAAGCAGAUGACCUCAUGGGGGGUGGAGGGAGGUGAGGUGCCCAGGUGGCUAUUUGCCCUGCAGAGCUGGGAGUUUCCCCCCAACCCCCCACCCUGUUCUCUCCUUACCUUUGGCAUCCUUUGGCCUGGUGGGGAAACAGAGGCCCAGGGUGGAGACCUAAGCGGGUAUAAGGCCAGGUGGCCUGCUCCUUUUCUGGGCCCUAGCACAGGUGGGUAACCCCCACCCAACCCAGCUCCUGCUGCUGUCCCAGUCUUGGGCUGGGGCCUGGAAAGAGGAAGAGGCUGCCUGGGGCUGGGCCAGCCCGCUGUGCACUUUGACCCCAGUUCCUUGCCAGCACGGCUGCUAACAGACUGCCACUUGAGUGCGCCUUGCAGGCACUCCCAGAGCAGCCAUGGAAGGAGCUGGGCCUCACAUCAUCCACCUCCACACUGCCUCCUGGCCAGCUGCCCACCCCAGUGCCAGGUGGGAGAGGGAGCAGAACAGCCAGCCCCUUCCAGGUGGCAGUCGGAAGGGUUUUUGUUUUUGUUUCUGUUGCCAUUUGUGUAAAUACUAGUCUUUUUGGAAAAAAAUAAUGUAAAGAUGUUUUGUAUAAACUCUGAAUUAUUUUCUUGUUGCUUUUUUCUUAGAAAAAAAUGAGAACUAAAAAAAAAAAAAAAAAAUUAACCACACGGAGAAA